AGGAAAUGGGCAGACACAUUCUAGUAUACGCUGGACGGAGAGAGUGACAGAGGGAGAGGGAGAAGCAGCUCGGGUGGAGCGCAGUCAGAGGAGACAAACGAGAAGAGGAGAGAGAGAGAGAAGGAGAGAGAGAGUUGAGGGAGCAAAUGAGAGGAGGACUCCACUGAUCUGCUGAGCUGAGCCUUUGUCUGAGUGAGAGGGGAAAAAACACACAGCACCCACCCACAUCGUGCUGCAGCACAGGCAACCCCCCUACAGCAGCUUGCAGAGGCUGGACUGAGCGAGCGAGUGAGUGAGUGAGAGAGAGAGAGAGUGAGUGAUAGAGAGAGAGAGGGAGAGAUAGAGUCAUGCCUGCUGCUGGAGUCGGUCUCGCUGCUGCGUCACUGCUGGCAGCGCUGCUGCUGUCGGGCCUGUGCGCCCGAGCGCGGUGCCAGCCGGAGACGGAUCCCGACUUCUCCCUCUGCCGCCGCAGCUUCUACCGGGAGACGCCCCCCCAGGGAGCCGGCGAGGCAGCGAGCGGAGCCGGCGAGCUGCUCCAGCGCUGCCACACGCUGCCCGGGGGACGGCGCUUCGCCUCGCUCCACCACCCCACCUGUGGGGCCAGCGUCUACUCCGCCUUCUGCCUGAGUCAGGACAACAACUGGGGGGGACCGGCGGCCGACGCACAGGCUGAAGAUGCCGGCGAUGGCUCCCGUGCGGAGGGCGCACCUGACUCGGAGGUGCUCGUGCCCGCUCUCCUGGGAGGAGGUGCGGACGCGGGCGAGGGCACCGCGGGCGAUGCUGCCCACUCCGCGUGGGACGCGCUCGUCUCCAGGCUGGUGAGGGACGCCGUCGUGCCCAAAUGCGCCGCCGACGCCGAAGGAGCCGAUCUGUUCGUGCUGACCGGAGCCGCCGGCCUGACCGAGGGGGAGGACGCCGGAGGCUGCCAGGUGGACGCGCUGUGGUCAGCCGUGUGCUGCGCCUCCGGAGGGGAGGAGGGCGGCGCGUUCAGCGUGGGGGUGGUGAGGGGGAGCGGGGAGGAGGAGAGGGUGGUCAGCGCGCAGGAGCUGGCGGAGGUCAUCGGGGUCGCGGCGGUCUUCACGGGGCUCUGUGGGGAGGUGGACAGUGACAGCGAAGUGGUGGAGCUCCUCCUGGAGGCACUGGACAGCGUGAGAAAGGAGGCCGAAUCAGAGGCAGCGGCCUCGGCCUCGGCAGAGGCAGGGCCGGCAGGCUCAGUCAGUGAGGCGGGUGACGCAGGAAGUGAUGACGUCCCAGAGGUCACCCAGGAGGAAGUGAUGUCGUCAGGUCAAAGCGAGGCCCAAGGCAGCGCGGUCCCUUCCGGUGACGCUGUGAAGCUCCAGGAGACGCUGGAGGCGGAGAACGAGACCCAGAGCUCGGGCUCCCUGGUGGGCGGGGCGCUGAUGUACCUCCUCUCCUCCUCCGUGUCCCUCCUCUGCGCCCCCGUGCGUCCGGUCGUCUCCACGCUGACCGCCCUGCCCGGCCAGGUGACCUACGUCCUGGGGGAGGACCUGGCCGCGCUGUCCGCCGUGCCCUGCGGCGCCGCCGCGCUCGUCCAGAACAUGGUGGGCGACGCGUGGGCCGGGGUGUCCACCGCCGUCGGCCUGGUGACCGGCGUGGGGGAGCUGUGCUUCUCGGGCGUCUACUCCUGCUCCUCGCCGCUGGUGGGCAGCCUGUACGGCGCCUGCUACGACGGAGUGGCCGGCGUGGGUCAGCUGGCCAAGGACAGCGUGGGCAUUUUCGGAGGCACCCUGGACAACGCGUGGUCCGUGUCCAAGUUCUUUGGGGGGACGGCAUGGGACCACGGCGGGGGCUACGUGGGCACUGUUGUGUCCGAGCUGGGCCACCAGGUGAAGACGGUGGGCCUCGGCGUGGGCAAGCUGGUCUGGAGGGUGGGCAGAGGACUGGGCAACAUGGUGGGCAUAGCCGGCGGACUGGCCGGAGGCACUGUGGGCUCGGUGAUAGAAAAUGUGAAAGAGGCCUUUGGAGGAGAGUGAGAGAGUGUGUGUGUGUGUGUGUGUGUGUUUGUGUGAAUGAGGCAUUUUAGAGGAAGAAAAAGCCAUGGUCUUGGGGAGGGAGGGAGGGAGGGAGGGAGAUACCAGCGUUGUGUUAUUGCUCUGUGCAUGGAAAUAACAGCUUAAUUGGCAGAAAACAAACAAUGCUGCUUCCAUGGUGUGUGGUGAUCCCUUAAAAGCUGCUUCAUGCGAUUUCAGCACACCACGCCUCGCCAACCUUUCCCAGACUUACUACCAGCACAGGUAUCCACCCUUUAGGCAUACUACAGUAUGUACAUGCAAAUUAAUGGGCUGCUAGGAAUUGUGGACGUUUCCUGAUGCUUUCGUAAUGAUGAUAGGCACCAGUUGUGUUGUUCUUUCCAAUCUGUUGCUGUCAGAAUGUACAGCUGGCAUAGGUAUUUUGAGUAUCGCUUACAGCAGAUUUAAGAGCUGAUUUGGUGUGAGGUUUCACAAUUAGCUCUCACUGUGUCAGGGUGUGUGGGGGGGUGUUUAACUGUAAGGUCAGCAGUAUUGUGUGCUGAGGAGGAGACAGCAGGGAGGAUCACAGAGGGUGCUGGGUCCAAAUGAAUGUAAUUUUCAGGGUGUACAGUUCAGUUGUUGCACUAUAAUUCAAGUCGCUUGCUUUAUUUUUUAUGGGUGGAAAUGGCUACACUGUUUACUAAUCCUAUUCUUCUGAAGUGAUGGGGAUGGGAAUAGUGUGUUUACCGUGGGCUUCCUUGAGGAACACUUGGUUUGAGGUGGCAGCAAGCUGUGUUGUUCAAGUGUGUCCAUAUAUGACCACAUACAUGUAAUGUAAUGUCUUAAUAAAUCCAAAUUACACCAGUUUACUGUGCAUGAACAACAAUAAAGACUCCUGCAAUCCCACCCUGA